GGGCUCUUUACUCGCACUAGGAGAGCGGGCCGGGGGCCGGCGGCAGCGGGGGCCAGCCCGCACGGGGGCCGUUCUUAGGGUCGCCGGGAGGCAGAGGGCGCCCGCGGAGGUAGCGAGAGGGUGAGGCGGCGGCGGAGCGGAGCGGGCGUCUGCUGUUAGCGGCCACCGAUUGUCUGUCGCCCUGCCGCCCGGGCGCGCAGCGCAGCCCGCGGGCACCAUGGCCAGCCAGGUGGAGGAUGCGAGCAGCCGGGAGGCAGAGACGGUCUCCGAGGCCCUGGGGCGCUACGAGGAGACGCUGCGGGGCGCCGUCCGGGAGAUCCAUGUGGACAUGCAGGUGUUCAAGCAAGGCGUGGGCCGGCAGGUGGAGGAGGUGCUGCGCCUCGCCAGCCCCCUGGCCCGCAGCGUCUCCGAGCUGCAGCAGGAGAACCGGCGGCUGCGGGCGCAGCUGGAGCGGCUGUGCCGGCAGGUGGAGGCUCUCGUCCGCUCGGCUGGGCUGCCGCAGGAGUGGGCGGACGAGGCGGCAUGGAGCUCCGAGGGGCUGGAGUUCUCCAGCCAUGCCAAGCUAGCGGCCGCUGGCCGAAGCCAAAGUGUAGACCUGGAUGAUCACCACAAACCUGAGUUUAGAAGAGUUUUUAGCUCUUCCAUCAUUGAAAAUGGGCAUCAGUCUUCAUCAGGUCAGGCCAAAGUCUCCCAGGAGCUGACCUCUUUUCAGGCAUCAGACUCUCUGCUUGAAGCCCAUGCCCCUGCAGUCACCUUACAGAUGCCUCACCUUCCUGUCACUGCAGUAACCAGAACAUCAGAGAGGUUUCCAGGGGAGACCAUCAGCCCCACAGGAACAGCUCCUGUGUCUGCUGGCCUGCAGAGCAAGGACAAAACUGCAAUGGCAGUGAAAGCCUCCAACCAGUCAGGGAAGACCUGGAAUUCCAGUACAAUGAGAACAACGGAUUCAGCUGCUGCUGGAGAGAAUCCUUCUGCCCCUAAGUGUGUCUCAGCUGUGAGCUAUGGGACGAGCACUGGGAGCCAGCCUGGUGAAAGUGCCAUUGACAGUUACAGCUCUCACUCCUCUCCUCCCACUGUACAUCGACAAGUGGAAAGGAGGAGGGAGCUGGUGCGGUCCCAGACACUGCCACGGAUCACAGGAGCCCAGGCCAGGAAAGCCUUGUUUGAGAAGUUUGAGCAGGAUGGUGGGAGAGGAAAAGGAGAAGGCAGAGCUAAGCUGAAGAGGUCACAGAGUUUUGGGGUUGCCAGUGCUAGCAGCAUUAAACAGAUUCUGUUGGACUGGUGUCGCUCCAAAACCAUGGGCUACAAGCACAUUGACCUGCAGAAUUUCUCCUCAAGCUGGAAUGAUGGGAUGGCUUUCUGUGCUCUUGUGCAUUCUUUCUUUCCUGAAGCUUUUGAUUAUAAUAAGCUUGAUCCAGCUAAUCGCAAGCAGAACUUUGAGAUGGCCUUCACCAUGGCUGAGAAGAUGGCUCAGUGUGAGCGUCUGAUCGAGGUGGAUGACAUGCUGCUGAUGGGCCACAAGCCAGACCCCAUGUGUGUCUUCACCUAUGUCCAGUCUCUGUACAACCACCUACGACACUUUGAGUGAAGCUGCUGAGACUUCUUCAGCCAGAAGGGUUGAGUACAGUGUCCUGGUGGGCAGAGUGAGGCUCUGCAGAUGGGACAGUGUUGUUCCUUGCUUUUCACUAUCCUUUGGCUUCCAUCCAGCUGCAUGGCUGACUGAAGAGUUGCUGAGCAGUGCCAUGAAGUGUUGAUCACCUCAGCAUGGCAGUAAGACAGAAACAACGUUUGAAAAAGACAACAAAACCCCAUAGAGAAAGGCAAAUGCUGUUGUUUUGGUGCUAGUAGUAGUUUGGAUUUUUAAUGUUCCUGUGUGCAAAGAUCACAGGAAGCUAAUUUGCUGCUCAUAGGACAGGUAACUGCUACAAAUGUGUUCCCUCUUUAAAAUGCUGGAGAAGCUCCAGAAGGUAUCAGGUCCACUUGUCUGUUGAGCAUAGCACAAAGAAAUGAGAUGGACAAUGAAAUUCCAUUUAGCAAAUCCUAAGCUAGAGUACUCGAGCAGCAGGGCAGAACUGCCUCUCCUCCAGCCCUGCCCUUGCACUCCAGCCUGUCUGCAUGCACAGACAUCCAACAGGCUCUCUUCUCAGAGCACACCAAGAACAAGGGCUUAGACUGGUGGGCAGGCACAUAAUGGUCGUAAUGUCCAUAAUGCUCACAUCUGAAGUGCCUUGCUUAGAGGCUUGCUGAAGCCUCCACCAGCAGUCCUCGAUCAGUUUCUUGGUCAUGAAGAACAGCAGCAGCUGGAGCUGCCCUGUGUACCAGGCUGUGUUUGCUUGGUUUAGGUUUCCAGGAAAGUAGGUAGCCAGCAAGGUACAAACUCCUCCAAACUGCUGGCAUAGAAGCAAAACUGUGGUGUGCUUUGACCUGGGCUCCAGGUGAAAGCAUCUGUCCAGUGUGGACAGGAAUGAGUCUUGAAGACCUGCUGAGUGCUCAUGCUGGCUGCAAAGUGGACAGGCAGUGUGAAAGAGAUGCAAGUUUUGAAAUGCCUCCACCAAUUUCUGCUCACAGUUAAAUUAGCAUUAGAACCACAGCACAGGGAGAUCAUUCUAGAUUUACUGGACAGAAGGUCUUUGAUAACUGAACAGAGUUUAGUUUUCACAGGGAAUGUUAAAACCAAACCCACUAAAACAGCAGGGUUUUAUUAAAGUCUUUUUAAAGCCUUUGAAAAUUAUUUCCCCCUAAGAAUAGGCUCUUAGAAAGUAAAAACUGUAAACCAUGAGCCCUCUGCUCAUGCUAGAGAAUGAUUUUUAACCUGCAUUUGUGCUUUUUGUAGAUAUUUAUAAAGAUGAUUUUGGUUCUGUAUUGGUGACCCUUUCUAAUAAAACAUGUCAAAUGCUCUUCGGA